AUGUCUUCGUCGUCGUUCCAUCGGUCUUCUUCAGCCGCUGUUGUGCAACUGCGCCCUCCGCUGGCUGAGGACGAUGAGCAGGUUUUAAACGCCGAAUUUUCGCGGUCUGCUUCAGACCCUAAACAGCCUUCUUGGCGCUUGGUUACCCCAGCCACGACCGAGGCGUGUGUUUUGCUUAUUGGCGCUUACAACGUAAUCGCGCAGAUCACGUCUAUUUUCUUUCUUCUGUCAUACGCCGGAGUCAACAUUGCCUGUCUGGCACUCGAUUUAACUUCGGCACCUAACUUCAGGCCGAAUUUCAAGUACUUCAGUGUGCACACAUCGUUUCUUGGUUUCAUUGGCUGUAUCGCCAUGAUGUUUUUCAUUAACUCGGUGUCGUCCGGCAUUGCGAUCAUCUUGCUUCUGUUGUUGCUAAUCGGUCUACAUUACGGAGCUCCGAUGCCGGCCAGCUGGGGGUCCAUCAGUCAAGCGUUGAUAUUUCACCAGGUCAGAAAAUACCUACUUAUGUUGGAUUCGCGCAAGGAACACGUUAAGUUCUGGCGACCUCAAAUUCUGUUGCUCGUCGCAAAUCCAAAAUCGUGCCUUCCACUAAUAGAUUUCGUGAACGACUUGAAAAAGUCUGGUCUGUACGUGUUGGGUCAUGUUAAAGUGAUCAGCGAUAGUGGCCUUAACAGACCGAUCGAUCCGGUGCAGGAGGAUAUGCCGUACUGGCUGGGUCUCAUCGAUUACCUCAAGAUCAAGGCGUUCGUCGAGAUUACCGUCGCCGCGUCGAUCAGGGACGGUAUCCAGCAUUUGGUACGACUGAGCGGUAUUGGCGCCAUGAAGCCUAACACCGUCAUGCUCGGCUUUUACGACAGCACACCACACUUGAAUACGUUCGAAAAGGGCAAGUUAUUGCGGAACAUCAAAUUUGCCAAGUUAGAACGAGCCGAAGUAGUCGAGUACUUCACAGCACAGGACUUCGACCCCGACUCAGCCACUAAGCGGCUGACGGUACACGAGUACGUGUCGAUCAUCAAGGACAUCAUCAAGAUGAACAAGAACAUCGGCCUAGCAAAGGGCUUCCAUCGCUUGGACAAGGAAGUGCUCCUUAAGUCUUCCGGUUACAAAUGCGUCGACGUCUGGCCGGUGGACCUGGUGCGGCCGGAAAACGCCAGCACCAGUUGGGACAACAGUUCGUUGUUCCUGCUACAGUUGGCGUGCAUCCUGAGCAUGGUGUCGCGGUGGAAGACGCGAAUCAUGUUACGCGUGUUUCUGUGCGUCACUUCGUUGCAGGACAUGCACCAUAAGGAGGUGCAGCUAAAGGAGAUGCUGAGUCAGUUGCGCAUCCGGGCCAAGUCUAUCCUACUGCCUUGGGACCAUGCUGACUCUCAACAGCUACUUCCGAGCUUUAACGAACUGCUGAAACGCAACAGCAGCCAGUCGGCGGUGGUGUUCCUCAACCUGCCUUUGCCGCCGGAAAAUAUUGAAAGCGCAGGCAGCUACGUGGAAAGGCUCGACCUGAUCACCGCUGACCUACCCCCGUCGCUCAUGGUGUACGGCAUAAGUUCGGUCAUUUCUACCGCUUUAUAA